UCAACCCAGGAGGUGGAGCUUGCAGUGAGCACUGCACUGCACUCCAGCCUGGGCGACAGAGCAAGACUCCAUCUCAAAAAUUAAAUUUAAUUAAUUAAUUAAAGGGGGUUUCUUAAGAAAUAUGUGGUCACCUCAGAGCUCCUGUAUAUAUUUUGGGAAUGGGAGUGAAGAAUUUCACCAACAGUUCAGGGCCUUUCUGGCUUCUGGCCAAUCUUGGGAGAGAAGGGGUUUCUUUGUGGACUUGACUCCCUCAUCUGAUAGAUUCAUUGUGUUCGCCCACAGCUUCUUAGGCUGUGCUGAUUAUCUCCAUCAACAGCUGAAAAACGAGUAAUCAGGGAAUGGGAGUUAGGGAAAGACUGCUAUCUCUGGUGUGACGUGGUUUCCAGGCGGAAUGCUGGAAAGGUCAGUGUGCCUCCUUUACUAUGUAGUUCUCUGGAUUGCAGAAUGGUACAAACUUACUUACAUCCACUUAGGAGUACAGCAAUGAAAAAGAUGAUGCUUGCCUUUUAAGAGGCUAUUAAAUGACCAAUGAUGGAGUGAUAAGGGCCCAGCUACUCUAGGAGGCAACUGUUGUUUCCUCUAUUAAUAGGGAAACCAAGCUACAGUUAAAGAGACUUGCGCACGUUCAGACUUUGUAACACUUUUUCAAGCCAGUGGCUCCUCCCAAAUGGCCAAGGUGUCCCCACCCAUUCUCCUGACCUGCCCAGCCCUGUGGUUGCUGUCCAGGGAGCUAAGGCUCUCACCAAACAAACUUGAAGAUCUGGCAGACCUAACAGACCUGGCCUUCCUCUGUGCCUCUGGCUGUCUGUCUCUUUCAUCCUCCUCUGCCUUUCCCCUGCCCUUGAUCCCUUCUGUAGGUCUUGACUUGUUUCAGGAAACAGGUCCCAUCCCAUGGACUCCCAUUCUGGGGAGCCAGCGCUCCUGCCCUGUGGGACCUGUGACAUGGUUUUCCGCUCCUCAGCUCUGUUAGCCACCCACACACAGCGCUUCUGCAUUGGCCAGCCGACCCAAGAGAAGACAUUUGGAGCACAGCCCUCAGUUGCCACUGAACCCCAGCGGGCCGAGGUUGUGCCACAAGAUCUCCAGGGCCUCCCAGACCAGCAGGCCAGUAAAUCUGCUCUAAAGAGGUUAACAGAGGAGGUGCAGUGGCUGCGGCUAUCCCUACAGGAAAUGCGGCCCUGGAUAACAGAGGUCCCCAGGGUGCUCGCGGGGUCCUGGACACGUUCCGAGGCGCGCCCUCAGAGUCCCAUGUCCGAGGCGGUGGGAAGCCCCAGCGAGCGGCUGCAAGCGCUGCUCAGGACUCGCGCCAGGCGCGUGGCGGAGACGGAAGCGCAGAGCCGGGCCCUGCAGCGACGCGGCCAGGAACUGAGCCGGCGCCUCCAAGGUGUGGCCUGUAUGCGGGGCGGGAUGUCCCGCUUCUUCGGCCUGGAGCAGGAGAUUCGAGAACUACGAACUGAGGCCAGGAGGACGCGGGGAGCUCUAGAGGUGCUGGGGGCCCGCAUUCAGGAGCUGCAGGCGGAGCCAGGGAACCCGCUGAGCUCCGGGCGAGAGGCAAAACUCUAUUCUCCGGUGCUAAAGGCCAACCCGGGAACUCUGGCUGCCGAAAUCGGGGCCCUGCGGGAGGCCUACAUUCGAGACGGAGGCCGGGACCCCGGUGUGCUGGACCAGAUAUGGCAGUUGCAGGUGGAGGCGUCUGCACUGGAGCUGCAGCGGUCGCAGACCCGCAGAGGAAGGGCUGGUGCCACCUCAGGGGAGCUUCCAGUAGUGGAGGCUGAAAACCGGUGCCUGGAGGCAGAAAUCUUGGCCUUGCAAAUGCAGCGGAGUCAGGCAGCCUUGGGGCCCCAGGAUUUGCGACUCCUGUGUGGUGCCAACCUACAACCGAAGUGGGGGAGAGAUCCCCCACUCCUCCCACCGCCAGUGGCACCACCACUGCCACCACUUCCAGGCUUCACAGAGCCACAGCUUCCUGGAACAAUGACCAGAAACCUGGGCCUACACCCACACUUCCUCCUACCCACAUCGGACGUGCUGGGCCCUGCACCCUACGAUCCUGGGGCUGGCCUGGUCAUUUUCUAUGAUUUCCUGCGGGGCCUUGAGGCUUCCUGGAUUUGGGUGCAACUAAGGACUGGCUUGGCACGCGAUGGACAGGAUACAGGAGGGACCACAACAUUGCCCCCAGCCAUUUGCCUGCCCCCACCUCCUGCUCCCGGGCCCAUGGGCAACUGUGCUAUCCUUGCCAGCAGGCAGCCUGUGCCCAGACUGCCACCCUCACCAUCAGUAUCUUUGGUCUGUGAGCUGCAGGUCUGGCAGGGGCUGGCAUGGGCUAGGGCAUCACAGCCAAAGGCUUGGGUCUCACUUGGGCUAUUUGACCAAGAUCAGCGGGUGCUAAGCGGCCGCUGGCGCCUCCCACUUCGGGCCCUUCCUCUGGACCCCAGCCUUAGCCUCAGGCAGCUGAAUGGGGUUCCUCAGGCAGGUCAGGCUGAGCUCUUUCUGCGGCUGGUGAAUGCAAGAGAUGCAGCUGUCCAGACACUGGCAGAGAUCAAUCCAGCAAGUGCCCAUGAGUACCAGUACCCACCUCCGGUGUCGAGCACAUCUUCACUGGAAGCCAACUUCCUCACCCCUACAGUUGGCUUUGCUGAUCCCCCACCUCGUACAGAAGAGCCCCUCAGUGGAGUCAAGGAUAGAGAUGAGGGUUUGGGCCCUCACCACAGUUCUGACUUGCCCCCAGUGAGUUUCUGAACCCAAGUGAAUGUGGGGAUGAGCAUCUGAACAUGCACAGGACUGGGGCCUAUUUCCAGACCUAGCUUUUACUACUCCGUGUUCUGACAUCGGGUCUAGAAGCAACUAGCAGCUGAGUACAGAAUACGAGCUCCAACCAGUUUUACCACCUCCCAUAAGUCCUUUUCUGUACCUCGUUUUUGUAAAACAGGCUAAGGAUUAAAUGAGUUUGUCAGGUA